AUGCCUUCACCCUUACAAUCACUCAUCGCCAUGAAUCCUCCCCCUCCAUUGUACUUUGGCAACCGUAACAGUUUGCUGGACUGCUAUGCUGUAUGGAGGCACAUCCCAUACGAAUCAUGCUGUUGUCCAGAGUCAUCUGAGGGCAUGAUUGAUGGUGCUUUAACACACUUUGUGCAGUUGCCCCGCCUGUUCCUUGCCAUGUUACAAAAAGUGAAGAGUGUCAUCUCUGGUUCUGUGGCCAUGACGUUUUUUGAAGGUUGGAGUGGAUGGGAGCCAUGGGACAUGGAUGUGUAUGUGCCGAGUUUUUCAAGAGAUAGGAUGCUGUGGUGUUUUAAGAACAGUGAAGGAUAUGAUGUAGUGCAGGAAGAGGCAAAGAACAAGGAGGAUUAUGUUGCCAACAUUGACAUUGAAGAUGUCAUCAGUCUCGCACGUGGUGGGAUGAAGAUUGAUCUUGUGGUAUCUUCGACAUUUGUGAACCUCUUGCCUGUUUUUUGCUUCCACUCCACCGCGGUGAUAAACUUCAUCUCUGGGGAUGGAUUCUUCAGCGCAUACCCCGUCUUGACAGAAGAGAGGCGCUCACUGAUUAAUGCCAACCAUUACACCCUCUUUCAAUAUACUACUCUGCAUUCUACAUCUGUUCAGGGAUACCUGAAAUACAUUGAGCGAGGCUAUAACGUUCAAAUGAAUCCACGAGCAUAG